AUGGCGACCGCCUCUCCUACACCGAUGGGCAUGUCCCAGGGCUCUGGGCUCGUUCGGAGAACAUCACAACGUCAAGCUCUUCGACGCCCUGCAUCACGACCUGUCCUUGGUCGUACCGAAUCCAACCCCGUGGCCUCAGCUGGGACAACCGCGUCGAAAAAGGAGGCCCAAAACUACACGCUCAACGACAGCUCCGACGACGAGAUUCCAGUGCCCAUGAAACUGAGUGCUCUCACCAAAGCACUUCUCGGCGGCCCUCCCGAACAGCAAGCAGCCUCCCCGCCACGAACGCGACGCCGCGUCAGCAACCUCGCGGCAUCCUUCUCUUCUGCCACAGAGGAGCGCCGACAUUUACGAUCGGGGAGUGUUCACGCGUAUGAAUCAAAGUCGUCACUGCCAACUUCACCACACAGAAGCAAAGAAAGCAAAGAAAACAGUCCCGUUCGUAAACGGGUCAUCAGACUCAGCAACACUCCGAAAAGCCUCGGUCAAUUGUCCCAACCCAAGCGACGGUCGACCUCCCUCUCCCGCUCUACACAGCGCAGCCGAACGUCCAGCCGGCCCGAAAGCCGCGAUCAAUCAUCCGACGAGAAGCAAGCGGAGCCCCAGCAGGACGUGAACACUCCGGCUCAGGGCAUUCGCGUUGUCCGAAUUGCUGCUGGAUCUUCCGGCAACAGGGGUAGAGUCAACAGCGCUUCGGCUCAUUUGCGACGAUCAGGAUCGCAUAUGGAUGCAGACUACCCGGAAGAACCGGCUACCAUUAGUCGGAAUGGUGGCGCUUCAAAUCAAGGCAGCGAAUCGCGACAGGCCUCAAAUGGCUCGAGAGCUUCCAGGCCCGAGGACAAUCUUGCUCUUCAAAGCUCGAUGAGGGUCAAGCGUGUCGGCAAGGUUCCGGGCAGCUUUCUCAGUGGCCCUGCUCGACGCGGACGGAGGAGACAGAGCGAGGAGGAGGCUGAGGCAAAUGGAGAAGGUGAAGGUCUGAUUGCCAGCCACGACCUCGAUCAAGAGCAAGCAGAAAUGGAUCAAGAGCCGGCAGCUUCGUUUUACGGCAACGGCCGUGAAUCUGGCAGCCCUGCUCCGCUGAGCAACUCAGCAAGGGCUUCGCAUCGCAGGCAUGCGUCGCAGGCGGACCUUUUGGAAUCUGCUGCUAGGCCAACGCCCCGCGAGAGAAACGGCCACAAGCUUGAAGGACUCCCUGCGAGGCUCCCGGCGCCCCGCCCCGAGAUUCCUUCGGGCCAGGAGAACGAGGCGCCUCCAACUUUCAAGCGGUCCAAGCCUGCUGUCCACGUCGCCCCGGAGAAGGAGCUAGACAUUCCUAAGCGACCUGCGAGCGCCGACGUUGGUAGCGGCCGUCCUGCUGCCUCUCCAGAGAGGAAGCCCCUGGCUGCGCUAGGCGGAAACACACCUCAUCGUCCAGCACCUCCGCCUCCUCCACCCAAGAUGACCGUCCUCCAGGCUGCCACAACGUCCGCUGGUGCGGCAACUACAUCACAUGGCAAGCAGAGGCGCAAUAUCCUCCGUGUCAAUGGCAAGUCGUACACGCGGCUCGACUGUGUGGGACGAGGUGGCAGCGCCAAGGUGUACCGCGUCACUGCGGAGAACGGUGCUAUUUUCGCUCUGAAGCGUGUUUCUUUGGAGCAGGCGGACGAGAUGGCCAUACGAGGCUUCAAGGGCGAGAUCGAUCUUCUCAACAAGCUCAAGCCUGUUGAUCGAGUCAUCAGCCUCUUCGACUACGAGAUGAACGACGAGAAAAGGUCGUUGACUUUGCUCAUGGAAUACGGCGAGCUAGAUCUCAAUUCUCUUCUGAGAAGUCGACAGAAUCCCGAGACCGCCAGGUUCGAUCCAGUCUUUGUCCGAUAUUACUGGAAAGAGAUGCUCGAGUGUCUCCUAGCGGUUCACCAAUACGAUGUCGUACAUUCAGAUCUGAAGCCGGCGAACUUCGUCCUCGUCAAGGGCUGCCUGAAACUUAUCGACUUUGGUAUCGCCAACGCCAUCCAAACUGAUGAAACGGUCAACGUCCACCGCGAAACCCAGAUCGGAACGCCAAACUACAUGUCGCCAGAGUCUUUAAUGGACUUCAACGCUUCUCAUGGCGGACGUGCUGCUGGCCGACCCAAAUUGAUGAAGCUCGGAAAGCCCAGCGAUGUUUGGUCUCUGGGUUGCAUUCUUUACCAGCUAGUCUACGGCAUACCUCCAUUCGGUCAUAUCGCGAACCACCUAUCGCGCUGCCAGGCCAUCAUUGAUUGGGACCACGCCAUCGAGUUUCCCAGCCGUGCUGUGGGUGGUGUUCUGGUUCCCCCAUCGCUCCUCCGUACAAUGAAGCGGUGCCUCAACCGGGAAGUUCAUCUGCGCCCAACAUGCGAAGAACUUCUGCAUGAGACGGAUCCUUUCUUGUAUCCGGUCGAGCUUCACGACAAGGCACUCCCGAUCGACGAGGAACUGCUUGGUAGAAUCAUUCAGAGCGUCGUCACAAGGUGCCGCGAGCGCAUGCCCACCGAGGCAGAAGCCAGGUCCGUCUGGCCAGGGGCCUAUUGGCAAAGUGUCAAGAAGGCGACCGACAAUAGCAGCAAGUCAUGA